GGGCUGGCACCGGGGCUGGGAGGCUGCUGUAGAGCCGGGGGGCUGCUGCGGGGAGAGAAGCAGAGCGGUCAUACCGCCGGGCACGGCUCGGUAUAGCUCGGCACGGCUCGGUUUAGCACGGCUCGGCUCGGUUUAGCACGGCACGGCUCGGCACGGCUGGGCACAGCCCGACCCCUCACCUGCCCACAGGAUCCGCGGCACCGCCAUGAUCCGAGCCCGCGGGAGGAAGAGGAAGAGGAGUGGAGCCUUCCGCUUCCCCCGCCCCACGACCCCCCCGUGCCGCUGCCCCCCCUCCGGUCCCUCCCUGUCCCUCCCGGUCUCCCCCGAACCCCCCCCCCCCGGUCCCCAUGUCCCGUCCGGACGCCCCGGGAGGCCCCGGCCCCGACUCCCGGUACCGCGGGGGCCUCCAGCACCCCGCCGGCUCCCGGCAGCCGCACCCCCUGUACCGGACCAGCAGCCAGGCCUACGGGAGCAGAGCCCCCACGGUGCACGAGGUGCCGACCACCUUGCACGUCACCUCACACACGUUUUCGAACGCUCUGGCGCAGUGCGGCAUGUACAGAAAUAACGGGCUCAACACCUACCUGGAGAAGAGCCACGUCACCGGCCCAGACAACUUCAUCACCCCCUAUGACACCCUCAACUUCCAUCCCAGCUACAACGCCAGCAGGCCGUCGCACUGUUAGAGCUGUGGCAGCAGCAGCUACAAUACCAAGCCACUUCAGUUUAGUGCUGGCUGCAUAGGUAAAAAAAUAAACAUCCCCUACAAAAAAUAAGCAGGCAAAGAACAGCACUGACCUUACCUUAAAUCUGUUGUCACAGCAGAAACGUAGGCUGUGCGCAGGGAAUUAAGUGGGUAAGCAACCCGGUAUGACAACCACAGUGUUGAGAGAGUCCUAAACUUAAUCUGCUGUUUCGGAGCUGUUGUCUUAAUAAAGAAACACAUGCAGGAAAA